AAUCGAAAUCGGCGUCUGGCAAUACUGACUAUUCGUAACAAAACAACAGACGAGAAAGUACCGUUUUCACACCGAGCGCGAGUGUCUGCAUAGAAAUAGAAAUUUUAUAGCUCUCUGCUGAAAUUAAAAAAAAAGGAAUCGCGAUUUGGUGCCAGAUAUUAGUUGCGUGGUUUUUCGAAAAUGUACAAAGCUUAGUUGGAGCGCCGAACGAACUGGACAAUAACACAGAGCUAAGAUGCGCAGCUGAUGGAGAAAAGCCCAGAGCCCGAGCACUUCUAGCCUGGUGUAUGUGGGAAAAAUCGAUCCGCCAAAGCCAGAAAGAGAAAUGCCAGCCUAACACCGAGUUCCAAUUGUGAUACAAACCGCAGUACAAAUUAGUUAACGUAGCUUAAAUGGCAAUCGACAAGGUUUUAUAGCGAACUAUACCAGCGUAUAAAAGACCAACAACAACAACUAUACACUUAUUCUCAAGUGCAAUAAGAAAGGCCAAAAUUCGCAAUUAAAUAAAAGUCUCACCUCAACAUUCCUGCGCAACAUAAAAACAACAAAAUGGCUGUAAUAACGUACUAGGCCAGCCCUCACAAUGUCUGUCCCUGUACGCUACUCUGCUGCCGCCGAAUACGCCGCCGACGCCGACGUUGAUUGUGAGUUGGAGCAACAGGAGCAAGUGCGAUUGCAUUUGCAGCUGCAACAGCACGAACAGUACCAGUACGAGCAAUACCAGCAGUACCAGUACCAGUACCAACGGGAGCAGGAGGAUAUCGCCUACUAUUGCCAGUUGCAGGCGGCGGCGCGGCAGCAGGAGCAGUUGAUGCAGCAGCAGAGGACAUCGAUGUCGUCGUCGGUUAUGCCAGGACUCGCCUUGCCCCAGGACCUAAGCACCACCAACGCCACCACCACUGAAUCCGGAAUAGAGACAAGCCGCCAAAGCGAAAUCAUCAUGGACGCCAACAGCAUCAACGCCAUCCUGGUCGAUGACGAGCAGCCCUCGACUUCGGCCCAGGCUGCAGCUGCUGCUGCUGCUGCUGCUGCUGGUGGUGCUGCUUCUUCGUCGUCGGUUGGAGCUACCGGUGGUGGUGGGGCUGCUGCAGGUCUAGCUGGGAGCAAGAUGUCGUCCAAUGGCAUCAACCACAAUGCAGAGAUGCCAGCUGAUUGGAUGAGGAUUGCGGACGAGGGCCGGUAUGGGACACCGGGUGCUGCUGGCUUGGAAUAUCAGAAGUACGAUCAACAACAACAACAACAACAACUGGAGGAUGAGGAAGCUGGCGCCGUCGGCGGGGCAGGAGCCACCAACACCAACGAGUCCAAGAAACUGGAGGAACUACACGCCCUGACCUCCGAUGAGCUGUACGAGACCCUCAAGGAGUACGACGCCCUGCAGGACAAGUACCACACGGUGCUCUUGCUGCCCAAGGAAUCAAGGCGCGAGGUGACUGCCGGAGGACGCGAUGGAUCGGCCUACGUGCUGCGCUGCCUGAAGAUGUGGUACGAGCUGCCCUCCGACGUCCUGUUCUCGGCCAUGAGCCUGGUGGACCGUUUCCUGGACCGCAUGGCCGUCAAGCCGAAGCACAUGGCCUGCAUGAGUGUCGCCUCCUUCCAUCUGGCCAUCAAGCAGCUGGACCUGAAGCCCAUACCCGCCGAGGAUCUGGUUACAAUAUCUCAGUGUGGUUGUACCGCUGGCGACUUGGAACGCAUGGCCGGCGUGAUCGCCAACAAGCUGGGCGUCCAAAUGGGACAUGCACCGAUCACCUCCGUGAGCUACCUGCGCAUCUACUACGCCCUCUUCCGCAACCUGGCGAAGGAGAUCGGCGGCGACUUCUUCAAGUUCUACCAGCAGCUGAUCAAGCUGGAGGAGCUCGAGAACCGUCUGGAGAUCCUGCUGUGCGACGUGAAGACCACAGUGAUCACCCCAUCGACACUGGCCUUGGUGCUCAUCUGCCUGCACCUGGACUUCCACAUCAAGGAGUCCUACACCCGCGGCAGUCCCGAGCUGAAGCACGUCUUCGAGUACAUUCUCUUCCUGCAGCAGUACAUGAGGAUUCCCGAUCGCGUUUUCACCUGCGGCUUCAGCAUCGUGUCGGGCAUUCUGUCCCACUACAACGGGCAGAACAAGGCGCCCUACAAGCAGCGGCUAGUCUGGAAGCUCUCCAGUCGCACGCUGCGCGUCCUGCGCCCGAUCAACCGCUUCUCAUCCGACCUGCCCACCAUUGAGGAAGGCAUCUCCAACGCCCUCGACGAUGGCCUCCGUUCAAGAACUGAGAGCGUCAGCUCCGAGGAGGAAGAGGACUGGCCAACUUCACCCAUUAUUCCAAUUUUCGAGCAAUGUUAGUUCCCAGCGGCAGCCGCCAGCAGCAGAAGCAAGGACAACGGCUGAAAGAGAGAGUCUGGAGCAGCGGCCACCAGGCGCCCGCACGGCACACACCAACUGUAUCCACAGUCCCUGGGCCUGGCCACAUCAGGCCACCUGGCCACUUCAGGCAAGACACAUAUCCCCAACGCAGGAAGCAGAAUCACCUGGAGGUGACCUGGAGGAUCAUCGCAUGAGUACCAAGACGCAAUUGAGUGUGUGUCCAGUGUGUGUGUGUGUCGGGUGUGUGUGUAAAUUAGUCGAGUGCUGGCUGGGUUAGUGUGUGUAUAUUUUGCUAAGGUGCAUCAUAAUUAUUUUGGCAGAUAGCGCUGGUUCUAACAUUUAAGCAAAUCUUGAAGUAUAUGGGUGCGAAGCCGAAGCUCCUUCGCUCGCCCCUUUUUUGAUGAAAUUGCCAGGAAGUAGCGCCGAGUGUGGCGAUCAAGGCAUUAUUAUUUUUUCAAUUUAUUUGCGGCAGACAAAAAAAUACGUGAAAAAAAAAACAAAAGCAAAAAAAAAUCCAAAAAAAUUUAAAACUAAUGCUGCGGACCAUCAUACAAAAGAUUGAUGCCGUUCCGGAUCAUUAUUCGAGAGAGAUAAUACGAUUUAAGAAUUGCGAGAAGGACCCACUACCGAAAUCCGAUCAUCUGGAAUGGGACAGCAAUUUUUUGUUGGUUGCGCUUAAAACCGUAAAAAAAAAAUUCAAAAAACCACAAAACAAAACAAAAGAAAAUCAUUUUCAAUCAGACCGCUUAAAAUUAGUUGUAAACACUUUAUGUUCUCCAUGUUUGUCCUGCUCUUAUCAGUUAUGUAAAAUCCCCGAAUCAAUGGACCCAAAAAAACUAUAACAAAAAAUCAUAAAAAGUAAAAAAAAAAGUACAAACUUCUCUAUGUUUAGAACGACCUAAAAGAUAAGCAGAAAAUCAACACAAAAAAAAAAAAAAACAAGGUCAAAUCAGAUUAAUCAGUAAUUUUAGCCGCGCUCAAAACAAAAAGAAAAAAAUAUUAAACAAAAAAUCACAGAAAACUAAAGUAUAAUUCGCCGCCUAUAUUGACUAAGAACUCUUAACAAUAACAAUUACAUUAAAGAUGAAUCCACAAUAUUGUAGUGUGUGUCUAGUAGAUUUUUCUCUGAAUAUCGAAUCAGAAAAGCUAAAAUAAAAUUCAAUUUUCCGCCCUAUAGCAACACAUCCAUGCAAAGUAAAAAAAAAGGAAAACCUACCAUUACUGUACGAUGCUAAGUAAAUUUGUUAAUAUUAUUAUACACUUCUUUAUCAGUCUUUUUUCGAACACGGUGAUUUUUUUUUACAUUUUACCUUUAUCUAAUAUAUACACGAAAGUAAUUCUUCUUUUUUGUUAAAUAAUAUUAUUUAAUUUAUUAAAAAACAAAUUGUAAAAACCAAACAAAAAAUCCAUUCUUAUGUUCUACUAUAUAGUAACAAAUACCACUUAAAAUUUAGUUUAAAAUCAACCAGCGAAUCAAACCCGCAGCCCGCAAUCUAGACAAAAAAUAUCCGAAAAUUCAAAUUCUAACUGAAGCGCGGCAAUUUUUGAGCUGAAAUUAUGAUGCAACAUUUAGCAAGAUGUACAGAAGUUAAGAAGAAAGUUUAUUAGAGAGAGUGUGAGUGGAGAGCAUAAAAAAAACUACCGCAGAGCAUAAAAAACAAUUUGAAAUUUCACAAAUUCAGAAAUACACUUUUCAUUUUUUAAAAUUUAACCCGCUGAUGAGCCAUCGGCAUGUGCAAAAACUAAACGAGAUCCCCCGGUCUGGGGCUCGAACUCUUGUCUGUAAAUUUAAAUAAAAAUGCGCCCGCCAUUGUGCCCGCCACAAUGGCAGGCAGACACUUUUCAUGAAUAUUUACAACAAAUGCCCGGUUUUUUAUUUGACUUGGUGUUUGUGUUGUGUUGUGUACACUCUACAUUAGUUGCAGUCCCUCUGGCCAGAUGCAGAUCAGAUCAAUCGAGCAGCCUCCAGCAGCGACUCCAGCCAAAUGUGAGUACCACGCAGGACCAACCUCCCCAGAAAUAUUUGUAAAUAAAAAUAAGGUCGAUUUGCUGUAAAUAUUCUUAUCUACUUGAUAUUAAAACUUUAAAUAUUGUGCAAUAGCUUCUAUAUAAUUUUAGUAAACAUUCUUCCCCCGAAAACCGCUUUCAAGCCAGAUCAAUUUUUGUAAUUAAAACCGAAAUAUUGUAAAAAAAAAACACAGUAGUCGAAGCUGAAGAAUAAGAACUAAACUAUUUUUAAGCGAGGCAGAGAGACAAAUGUGUUCAAGUGAUGCGAUAGAAACAAAAAUUAAGCGAAGAGCGAAAUAUUUUAAAUUAAUCGUAACUUUUAGUAAGAGCCAAUUGACAAAUAAGCUAGAGGUGAAAGCGAAAAACUAAAAUCGACAGAGAGGUGGUCUAGAGCUAAGUUUUUUUCUACAAACUGCCACACCCGCCAUCCCGUUUGGCGGGAUGAGAUUUCGAGAGUAAUACAUUUUGUAUUUCAUAUUUUUAACAACUAGCAAAUUUUACAUUGUAUUUAGCGCGGAGUUAGUUAAAUAUUUGCUAUCACAUAACAUCAAAAACAGAACGCAAAACAAAAAACAAAAUAAUGAUAAAAAAAAAAGAAAAUCUCAAUUAUUGUAUAAAAUAUCUAUAAUUUUAGUGUUUAUUUUGAAAAAUCAUUGCCCAUCGCGAGAAGUUUGAGCUUAAUUUGUGUGACAGGAUCGGUUGAGGUUAUUUUUUAGCCUUAGGAUUAGUUAUGGAGCGAAAUGAAUUCAAUUUGUACAUUAUGAAUCACUCAUUUUAAUUUAUUCGAAAUUACAACCUGUAAUUAGAUACUACAUUAGGCGUCCAAAAUCAUUCUUAAGCAAAUGGAUCAUUGUGUAAGGAAGGAUGAAACAAGUUGUCUGCAAGCAACUGAAAAUCGUGAUUUAAAUCAUUGUACACACAUUACAACAAAUAAAUGGAAAAAAAGUAUUAUUAAAUGGUAAA